UUUGGCAUUUCCAGUUCUAGGGUUACCGGCCUUCUCUCAACAGCACGCCGCCUUUUAUGAACAAGAAAAAAUCCAUCCGAGAGAUGUCAAGAUCGACCCCGGGGAACGACGUGGAAGUUGAAGGAAGAUUUGUGCUGCUGGAGCUAGGACCCGAUGAGCAAACCAAGAGAUCCAAGGAAGACUUCUAUGUUGGGAGCUGGAGAUGGCAACUAUCCGCAGUCCGAGCGAAUGGGCAUACUUCAGUGACGCUUUCGACAUCUUCACGAUCUUUUGACAAAUAUGCUGCCGUUGUUUCCCUGAAACUUAUAUAUUUUCCUGAAAAUCGACCGGGCGUAGUUCAAAAUCUUGAAGUGGUUAGCGUGCCUCUCAACUGUCCUUGUACAUGGACAGUGACCGAUGAAUGUAAAUCAAGAAGAUGCUUGAUUGACAUCGAGUUUAUCAAAAUGACUAGGCAUGGCAAACCAGAGUCUGUUUUGCGUUCUAGAGAAACGAGGACGUCAGUGGAGCAAGCACAGUCUGGUUUUGCGCGCAUGCUGCGAGAAGGCAUCCUCACCGACAUCACCAUCAACGCCAUUGGUGGCAGCAUCAAGGCCCACCGCGCCGUUCUGGCCGCACGGUCAUCAGUGUUCUUGAGGAUGUUCUCGCACAACCUCAGGGAGAAGAAGCUCUCCACGGUUGACAUCUCCGACAUGUCGAUCGACGCAUGUCAAACCUUCGUCGGCUACCUCUACGGUGUCAUCGCGUCGGAGGACGAGCUGCUCACGCACCGGAGCGAGCUCCUCGCGGCCGGUGACAAGUACGGCAUCGCGGACCUCAAGAAGGCGUGCGAGGAGAGCCUUAGGAGGGACGUGAGCACGGAGAACGUGCUGGAGAGGCUGCAGACGGCACACACCUACGGACUGCCGGCGCUCAGGAGGACCUGCGUGAGGCUGCUCGUGGACUUCGGGAAGAUGUACGAGAUUCCCGAGGAUUUUGCAGAGUUCAUGGAUACCACGGACCAGGAUCUCAUAGACGAAAUCCGUUCGACUGCAACUCUCAGUGGGAGAAAACUUGCGGCCAGAAAGAAGACUGCAGCUAAAAUUACUAGGCGCCGUAGCUUCUAAGAAGGCUUCGGGCCGCAUUCCGGCUCAGUGCAGCAAUAUCUGGACGUCCAUGUCUAAAGCUGGAUGCGUGCAACACUGCAGCAGGUAAACAGGGUCGCCAAACAUGUCUGCAUCUUGCCAGGAUUCUGACUGCGGUCCGGAUAAACGGCCUCGGUAGCCCAAUGUCCGGCUAGCUGGCAGUGAGUGGGCUAAGUGAAUUGUGCCCGCUUAAUUUGUCAGUUAGUUCCCCUGUUUGGAAAUAACUGACGCGAGGAGCCAAAAUUUUGAACUGAAAGUAUUUACUCCCUCCGUUCGAAAAUAC